CAUAAUCGGAGUGGCCCACUCAGUGAUGCCAAUAUGCCAUGGCCGAAAAAUGAAAGUCGGAUUCGCCUUCUUGAGUUGCACCUUCCAAUCUGGGAGUCUCAAUCCCUUCCACUGCAACUUCCUUUCCCCCUCCACAAAUCCUUCCCUUUCCCUCCCUUCCACACUCCGUUCGACCACUUUCUUUGGUAAUCCUCCUGCGUUGAGGACCAGAAGCAACUUUAACAACUGUAAUACGAAGCAAAUCCACGCGGCCUCUGCGGUAAUGGCUUCUGCUUACAAGCCUGAGCAGGCUAGGGUUCCUCCUGCGGUUCCAUUGUCUACCCCUCCUGUAACCAAGUUCAAGAUUGCUCUUUGCCAGUUGUUUGUGACUGCGGACAAGGAAAGGAACAUUGUUCAUGCUCGCAAAGCAAUUGAGGAGGCUGCUGGAAAGGGUGCUCAGCUUGUUCUUUUGCCUGAAAUAUGGAACAGUCCAUACUCAAAUGAUAGCUUUCCAGUAUAUGCUGAAGAUAUUGACGCUGGAGGGGAUGCAUCUCCUUCAACUGCAAUGUUGUCUGAAUCUGCUCGGACUCUCAAGAUCACCAUAGUUGGUGGCUCAAUACCAGAACGUUGUGGUGAUAAGCUGUACAAUACCUGCUGUGUAUUUGGUGCAGAUGGGAAACUGAAGGCCAAACAUAGAAAGAUACAUCUUUUUGACAUUGAUAUUCCGGGGAAGAUUACAUUUAUGGAAUCAAAGACUCUCACAGCUGGGGAGACCCCUACUGUUGUGGACACAGAUGUUGGGCGUAUUGCCAUAGGUAUCUGUUACGAUAUUCGGUUCCAGGAGCUAGCUAUGCUGUAUGCAGCAAGAGGUGCUAACUUGCUCUGCUAUCCUGGGGCCUUUAACAUGACCACUGGUCCCUUGCAUUGGGAGUUGUUACAGAGGGCAAGGGCUAUGGAUAAUCAGUUAUAUGUGGCAACCUGUUCACCUGCUCGAGACGCUGUUGCUGGUUAUGUUGCAUGGGGUCAUUCUACCCUUGUUGGACCUUUUGGGGAAGUACUUGCUACUACUGAGCAUGAUGAGGCAAUUGUCGUUGCAGAGAUAGAUUAUUCGCUAAUUGAGACCAGAAGAACAAGCCUUCCACUAGAAAAGCAGAAACGAGGGGAUCUGUACCAAUUAGUAGAUGUUCAAAGGCUGAAUUCACAAUCAACCAAGUAAGCAUGGGAAGGAUUGUGCAAAGGCAAAAGGCAUUGGCUUGGCUUGUGGAGAUGUAACAAUCUGGAAAUAAUGAGGAUGCUGUUAAAAGCAUUUGACGUUUUGUUUGUUGGGCCAUUUCAAAUAACCACCCCAUUAUAGAACAACAGUUUGCAGGAAUCACGGCCCAACAUAUGUAUGGACUCCAUUAAAUUGUUGAAACUUCACACUUUAUUACAUAUUAUAACCAUUGGCUACA